UAGAAACACACUAACGCUUUGAGGAAUGAUGGGUUACGCAGUCAGAGCGACCUGAGAGACACGAGGAACCGACGAUGGAGGAACCAGCACGCGGACCACGAAAGAAAACCGUUGUAGCAGUGGUGGGCGGUGGUUUGGUUGGGUCACUGAAUGCCUGCUUCUUUGCCAAAAGAGGCUUUGAUGUGGAGGUCUUUGAAAUUAGGGAAGAUAUCCGGCAAGCUAAAAUUGUGAGAGGGAGAAGCAUCAACCUGGCUUUGUCUCACCGAGGUCGGCAAGCACUGAAGCAUGUUGGGAUGGAGGAGAAGGUUGUCUCCCAAGGAAUUCCCAUGAAUGCAAGAAUGAUCCAUUCAAUAAGUGGGAAACAGUCCCCAAUCCCUUAUGGAAAGAAAGGCCAGUACAUCCUGUCUGUAGACCGAGCCAAUUUGAACAAAGAGCUGCUAACAGCGGCUGAGGCAUAUCCAAACACAAAGCUGAACUUCGACCACAAACUGCAGGACUGGAGUGCUGAAACAGGGCAAAUGAACUUUGUCAGGUUAGAUGGAUCCAAAGAGCAUAUCAAGGCCGACCUAAUUGUAGGCUGUGAUGGAGCGUUCUCUGCCGUCCGCAAGCAGUUUCUCCGUCGCAGCCGCUUCAACUAUAGCCAGACAUACAUCCCCCAUGGCUAUAUGGAGCUCACCAUGCUACCAAUCAAUGGAGAGUUUGCCAUGAAGCCUAAUUAUCUCCACAUCUGGCCACGAAACACAUUCAUGAUGAUUGCCCUGCCCAACCUGGACAAGACAUUUACCUGUACCCUUUUCAUGCCCUUUGAUGACUUUGAGAAAAUCACCACAGAAGAUGAAGUCAUCAAGUUUUUCCAGGAAUACUUCCCUGACACCAUACCACUUAUAGGAGUUGAUACUCUCAAGAGGGAUUAUUUCCGUUUGCCUGCGCAGGCCAUGGUGUCUGUUAAGUGCUCUCCACAUCACAUUCACGACAAGUGUGUCCUUAUGGGUGAUGCAGCCCAUGCCGUGGUGCCGUUCUAUGGGCAGGGCAUGAAUGCUGGUUUUGAGGACUGCAUUGUCUUUGAUGAGAUCAUGAAUCAGUUCAAUGAGGAUCUGAGUGCUGUGCUGCCCGAGUACUCGAGAGUGAGGGUUCCAGACGACCAUGCAAUUGCUGACCUGGCAAUGUACAAUUAUGUUGAGAUGCGAGCACAUGUCAAUUCCAAAUGGUUCCUCUUCAGGCAACAGGUUGAUAGCAUCCUUCACUUCUUUAUGCCAAAGACAAUAAUCCCCCUUUACACAAUGGUCACCUUCACAAGGACAAGAUACCAUAAAGCUGUGGAACGCUGGCAAUGGCAAAACAAAGUGGUAAACCAUGGUCUGCUCAUCAGUGCUACAGGAGCUGCUGUGGGAAGCGCCUACCUGCUUAUUAAAAAUCCUCCAAAUAUCAACAAGCUCAUCAUCCCAGCUGAGAAAAUGUGGAACAGGAUUGUGGCCUUCAGGGCUUCUUGAGCACGGGCUGAUUCUGAUGCGACAGACAGAAGUUUACCGUCUCUAUUGGGACCAAGGGGCUUUAAAUUUUAAUUAGUGUUUGAUUGAGUCUUCUUUUUCACAAUUGAGGCUCCACCAGGAAAAUAUAUUCCCUGCAUUAACAAAUGUUGAUUUUUACAAGUUUAUCAGUGAUCAACAGCUGAUCAAUAGUUUUUAGCCUUUAAAUGUGAUUGUUUUCAGUUUCACGGUCAGAGCGAGGUUCUCUGUCGCACUAUCCUGACUUACAACAUUAUCACUAACACCUGUGCCUCAUGUCAAAUCGUCUGCAUUAAAAAUAAAAAUGCAUAUUGAAGCAACAAUAA